UCUCGGACUUCCGGAAGAGGCCGGGCUGUAGACAAAUGGAGGCAGGUCAGAUUUCACCCUCCACCCCCGAGGAGGGGCUAUCUCAUCAGGUUUUGGACCACAUACACUGGGAGGGCACAUCCUCUUGCCUUCGGCCUCGCAUUAUAGUCCUUCCCUAAAGGAGCUCUAUUCCGUGGGAGAGUUAGGGAUGCGGUGGCACGCUCUAUUCCUUGGGAGAGUUAGGGAUGCGGUGGCACUAACUUAUUCCACCAGAUGGAUGGAGGGUAGGGUAGUGCGGCAGGAAAGAAGACGACGGAGGAAUAGAUUCCCGGAACCCAGAGCCUCCAUAUUUUUUUUUUCGGGGGCGGGGUUGAGGGAAAGACUUGGGGUCAUGCCUCGUCUAAAGGAGAGCGAUUCCACACACUCACCGACAGGGGUCGUAGCGUCAACGCUUCUCCCUCAUCCCGGAAGGGGGCGCACGGUGGUGCUCCUUCGGCUAAGGCUCUGGGUGGCUUACUUCUCUUCUGCACUGAGUCGAUUUCCGGUCCUCUAGCAGUCACUUCCGGGGGCUCGUUGCGCCGCCUUGGAGAGACUGGUAAUCCCUGCAGAUCGGCUGCCGCGGCUCGGGGCUAAGGACCUCACAGAUCCUUUGGAUGGGGCGGCCUCUGCCCCUGCGAUGCGGGCGAUGCUCGAGGACGAUUCUGAAUCCCAGGAAUGUGAGGCAAAGGGCGCUGGAGCUACGGGGUUACCACCGCCACCUGCCAUAGACUUCCCCCAGGAGGGAUCGGACAUCCGAUAUGAUGAAUCUGAUGUUCCUGCAGAACUCCAGGCUGUGAGAGGACCUCUACCACACUCGACUUUUCCCUCUGCAGUUGCAAACCAACUAUUGCUUGUUUCUUUGUUAGAACACUUGAGCCAUGUUCAUGAAUCAGACCCCCGUCGUUCAAGACAAGUGUUCACAUUACUUUGCCAGACUUUUACCAAAAUGGGACUGUUGUCUUCUUUUGCCUGCAGUGAAGAAUUUAGUUCUUUGAGGCUGCAUCAUAACAAGGCUAUUACUGAAUUAAUGAGAAUAGCUAAGCAGAGAGUUCUUGAGGCUCAGCAUGAAGAAUACCCUCAUAUUCGUAAAGUUAGAGCAAAAGAGGUGAUCUUUGAAGCACAGACAUCUCGUUAUUUAAAUGAAUUUGAGGAAGUUGCUGUCCUAGGAAAGGGCGGGUAUGGGAAAGUAUAUAAGGUCAAGAACAAAUUAGAUAGGCAGUUUUAUGCAAUAAAAAAAAUUCUGAUCAAGAAAGCCACUAGAAAGGAUUGUAUGAAGGUACUGCGGGAGGUGAAGGUGCUGGCGGGUCUGCAACAUCCUAACAUUGUAGGUUAUCACACAGCUUGGAUAGAGCAUGUUCAUUCAGCCCAGCCACAAGAUAAGAGACUUUCUAUGGUCAAGUUGCCAUCUCUCCAGCUGGUAUCUGAUGAGACAGAGGACAGAGAGCAGUAUCCUGUUCAAAGUGAUGAAAGUAGUAGCUCAUCCAUUAUUUUUGCUGAUUUAAACUCAGAAAAAGAAAAAUCCCUUGCAGAAACUUGGGUUGACAAUCAGAAUAACAAAUUAGUAAACUAUACUGAUUUGAUCACAAGAGAUGGCAGUGAAUAUGAAUCAUCAGAAAAUUGCUUAGUUAAUGCAUCUACUACAUCACUUGUUAACCAUCAUGUGCUACAAGAGAAUAAUUCAUACCUGGAGGAGAACUUUACAUCCUCUGAAGAAUCUUGUGAAGAAAAUAUAGCCUUGCUUGGGCAGACUGAGGUGAGAUAUCAUCUGAUGCUCCAUAUACAGAUGCAACUAUGUGAAAUCUCCCUUUGGGACUGGAUUACUGAUCGAAAUAAAAAUAAGGGCUCAUCUGUAGAUGAACCUUCCUGUCCUUAUAUUAUGAGCAGUGUUGCAACAAAAAUUUUUCAAGAGUUAUUGGAAGGUGUAUGCUAUAUACAUAACAUGGGAGUGGUACACAGAGAUCUCAAGCCCAGAAAUAUUUUUCUUCAAGGCCCUGACCAUCAUGUAAGAAUAGGAGAUUUUGGCCUAGCCUGUACAGACCUCAUUCAGAAAGACACAGACUGGACCAGUAGAAAUAGAAAAAGACUUACACAUACUUCUGGAGUGGGUACUAGUCUGUAUGCUUCACCAGAACAGCUGCAAGGAUCUGAAUAUGAUGCCAAGUCAGACAUGUAUAGUUUGGGUGUGAUUCUUCUAGAGCUCUUUCAGCCAUUUGGAACAGAAAUGGAAAGAGCAGAAGUUCUGACAGGCUUAAGAAAUGGUCAUAUUCCAGAAUCGCUUAGCCAAAGAUGUCCAGUACAAGCUAAAUACAUAAAACAAUUAACCAGGAGUAAUUCUUCACAGCGACCAUCUGCUGCAGAGCUACUGGAAAGUGAACUUUUUCAAAGUCCUGGAAAUGUGAAUUGUAUCCUACAGAAGAAAGUAGUUGAACAAGAAAAAGAAAUUGAAAAGCUCAAGGAAACUAUAAGACUGCUUUCUCUGGAAAAAGGCAUGAAGGAAGACUUGAAAGAAUGUGGGGACUCUCCAGUCUGACCCCUGAUAGGAUAUGUAUAAGAAUGGGCACAAUAAUUUUUUAAGAAGUACUUGUUAAUUUUGUUGGAUCUACUGGAAUAUGAAUACGUUUUACAAAUUUAUAUGUGGUUGGGGUUUUCUUGUAUUCUUAAUGUUCUUAAUCUGUAUGUACAGAGUAAAAUUAUUAAAAUCAAGGUUUAAAACCUAUAAAA